AUGGCAUCCGGUGUAGCACCUGCGCCUAAUACUCCAGUGUCCCUCCCUCCACAGGUAGGAGAUCGGCCACAGCGCCGGGCAUCCGCUACUGAUGGCCUAGAAUCACAAGCACAUAUCACCGACGAUGGACGCCUAGAGAUCGAACUCAAAGACGACGACCCGCAGGUAGCCGACCUGGUGCAUGCUCUCAGGCGUCAGCCAACUCGUCGCCCUUCAGAAGCCGCGAAAGCAGAUGUAACUCAUUUCCCUAUCAAGCUUAAUGUGGUUAUCCAUGUCGUGGGAUCGCGUGGUGACGUCCAACCGUUCAUCGCGCUAGGUAAUGCAUUGCAAAAACAUGGCCACCGUGUAAGAUUGGCGACACAUCUAGUAUUUAGGGACUUCGUCAAGGAAAAUGGGUUGGAAUUCUUCAAUAUCGGCGGCGACCCGUUUGAACUAAUGUCGUUUAUGGUUAAGAACCCCAAUCUGAUCCCGAAGAUGCAAACCCUCAUAGGUGGUGAUGAGCCUGUGACCGCGCCGGCAUUUGUGGCAGACGCUAUUAUCGCGAAUCCACCAAGUUUUGCACAUGUUCACUGCGCGGAGAAGAUGGGCAUUCCACUUCAUUUAAUGUUCACAAUGCCAUGGUCUCCUACUCAAGCCUUCCCGCAUCCAUUGGCCAAUAUUCACCCUCGCAAUGUAAAGCCCUCUGUCGCUAAUUUUGCCUCCUACGCUAUAACAGAAAUGGUAAUUUGGCAAGGUGUAGGCGAUCUGAUUAAUGAUUUCCGCCGCUUUGAGCUGGGCCUGGAGCAACUAGAUGUUAUGCGUGCGCCGAGUCUAAUCCACCGGCUACAUAUUCCUUUUACAUAUCUCUGGUCACCAUCCUUUCUCCACAAGCCAGAUGACUGGCACGACCACAUUAACAUAGCCGGCUUUAACUUCCUCUCGGCGAAUAAAGGUUACACGCCUCCCCCAGAUCUAGUCGAGUUUCUCGAAGCCGGGCCUCCACCAAUAUACAUUGGAUUCGGCUCAAUUGUGGUAGAUGAUCCAGAUGCUCUUACACAGACAAUCUUAGACGCAGUCGGAAUGACUGGCCAACGAGCUCUCAUCUCCAAAGGCUGGGGAGGAUUCGGGGCCGACCAGAUCAACCGAUCUGACGUGUAUUUUCUUGGAAGUGUGCCCCAUGACUGGUUAUUCCAGCGAGUAUCCUGUGUGAUUCACCAUGGUGGAGCCGGAACAACUGCAACAGGUCUUGCUUUCGGACGACCAACUACCAUUGUCCCAUUCUUUGGUGACCAGCCGUUCUGGGGCACUUUGGUGGCGCUUAACGGCGCAGGGCCCUCGCCAAUCCCUAUCAAGAAGCUAACUGCAGAACUUCUGGCUGAUGCCAUACAUUUCUGUUUAAAGCCUUCUGCGGUCGAAAAGGCACAGAGGCUAAGUGAGAACAUCCGAGCAGAGGAUGGUGCGCGCACCGGCCUAGAGAGUUUCCACCGCCACCUCCAGCAGGAUCUCCGCCUUAUUCAGUGCUCAUUGUGUCCUGACCGUCCGGCUGUCUGGCGUGUCCGACGAACAAAGAUAAUCUUAAGUACAUUUGCGGCUACAGUUCUGGUCCAGGGGAACAAGCUCGACCCAAAGGACGUAAAGCUAUACCGCACAAAACGCUACACCCUUGAACACGGUUGCGCGGCCACCGAUACCUUCACAGGAGCCAUGAGCAAUUUCAUCACCGGUCUUGUCGACUUCCCCGUGAACGUGGUGCAAAACAUCGCCCAGCCCGCCUCAGACCGCUUCGCUGAAAAUUAUAACCUUUAUUCCUGUGAAGAUCGCUCAGCAGCCAUACGCACACCGGCCGUCACUGUUAUGGACUCGGCAUCACCCAGAAUAUCUUCACAGGGAGAAGGUACGCAGAACAACGACGACACAAAGUCAAUACUCAGCCUUUCGUCUGCGUUUACAACACAAUCCCAGGUUGAUGCACCUUCCAUGAAUAUCAGGAGGAGCCCGUUGCAGAGUAUAGCCACUAACACGGCUUACACGGGCCGACGGGUUGCGAACUGGGUGAUUGAAGUACCUAUGGGUGUUACGGUUCUGUUGUCUCAAACCUUUCACCAUGGGCCUAGGUGGUAUCAUGAUCGGACGGUGAGGGAGACGCCGGAGGUGGAUGGUGUAAGGUCUGGAUUUGUCGCCGCAGGGAAGGAAUUUGGCUAUAGCUUCUACGACGGUAUCAUCGGUAUCGUGACUCAGCCUAUGCAGGGGUGGAGGGACGAGGGGUUUGGGGGAAUGGCCAAAGGGAUAGGUAAGGGUGUAGGGGGUAUAAUUCUCAAACCUCAAGCUGGAAUGUGGGGACUGCUUGGCUACCCGUUGAACGGGAUUCAUCGAGGCAUUGAACGCUCCUAUGGCGCGAAGCGAAAAAAUUAUAUUGUACACUCACGGAUUCGACAGGGACUUGCUGAGUCGGAGUCUGCUUCCCAGGAAGAGAGGGACUCUGUGCUGGAGAAAUGGAGGGCUUACGAGAAAGGAGUUGGUAUAAAGCACGAAAAGCAGCCGAGGUGA